AUGAAGUUCUUGGUUUAUCCUGAUUUCGGCUUGGAGAAAGAAACGGAGAUUUCAUGGAUAAUUCCGAUUCUCAGAUUUCGGGUAAUUCAAGCUCGAUCCCUUCUGAGCCUCCGGACAUCAGGAACUGGUUUUCAAGUUACAAGUAUGAAUCCUUUGUAUUGGAUACCUACCAUGAUUUUAGGAACUAUGUUUCAAGAGAUAGCGAAAGCAACAAAGAUGGGUUUGUAAAUGGAGAGAACAAGAGGGGAAAAGAAGAGAACUUGGUUGAAUCUGGGGAAAAGAGGAACAGUUAUGAUUCCUGUGAAGAUGGUUCUUUUCGAGAUAAAGAUUGUCUGAAUCAGAGUCUCAGUGAGAUACCAAAUUCUUUAGAGUCAGCCUCACUAGUUUCUGGUAUGUAUCAGUUCCUAUU